AUGCAGGGCUCAGGUGAUAACAGCAGCUUAAGCAAUAACCUGCUCUAUGAUUUCUCACGAGUAUUUAUGAAGAUUACAGUGCAGAUUCUGGUGGGAAUUUUCCUCUAUGUGAACUGUUUGAUGAUUUACACCUUUCUGAGGAAGGAGACAUUCAGGGAAGAGACUCGCUACAUUUUAUUUGCACAAACAUUAUUUACAGACUCUGCUCUCAUGGUGUUGAGUGAUACACUGUCAAUUAUGAAUAAUUUAUUUUACCCUAUCCACAUAAUUCCUUGUGCAAUUUUGUGUACAGUAACAACUAAUCUCACAAUCUGUACUCCGCUGACUCUUGUGGCAAUGUGUCUGGAGCGCUAUGUUGCUAUAUGCAUGCCUUUAAGACAUGCUGACAUCUCCACCAGCAGGACCAGAUUCCGAGGACUCCUGAUAAUAUGGAGUAUCAGUUCCAUAAUUCCAUUGUUCACCUUAGUAGCCUAUUUGGCUGUUAUCCCUUCAGGUGCCCUGUUGUCUUAUACAGUGUGUAGUGUGGAGCUAAUGUUAGGGAAAGACUGGCAGGCACAAGCACGUUCUAGCAUGUUCCAGGUCCUUUUUCUCUUCAUGAUCAUUAUCAUUGCCUUUACCUACAUUAAGAUAAUGAUUGCAGCCAGAGGGGCCUCAUCAGAGAAUAAGAAACUGACCAGCAGGAGUCUUAGGACUGUGGCCCUGCAUGCCUUUCAGCUGUUUCUAUGUAUAAUGCAGUUUUUAAACCCUUAUUUAGAAAUGGUAGUUUUGAAAAUAGACAUGUUGGCAUAUGCUAUUUUAAGAUAUGCCAACUUUAUUAUCUUCAUAAUAGCACCACGUUGUCUAAGUCCAUUGAUUUACGGACUCCGAGAUGAAAUGUUUUUCCAUGCUUUAAAACAUCAUGCUCUAUGUGAGAAGUCCCUGUAA